AUGAGGGCAGAUCGGUAUGACGUGAGCCCCACGCCUCCCGCCGUGGGGGACGAUUUGGUCACCUGCUCCGUUCACUCUAGCCGACGGUUGGCCAAGUUCUGUCUUUGUCGUCCAGUGUACAACGCUGACCGUGUCUUGGUCGGUUAUACCUACGAGUGCAAGGAUGGGAUGCAGUGUGCGGCCUCGGCCUCUAGGAACUCGUUUGUCCAACGACACCGCAUUAAUGAUGCUGUUGGCGGCCGUGACGAGGCCCUUGUAGCAUCGCUGAUGCCGUCGGUGGCAUCGACACCGGCUGCUGCUGCUGCUGCUGCUGCUGCGGACGUUGCUGCGGCGCCUGAAAAAGAUGCUGCGCCGCAGCUGCCGAGAACAGGAGCUGCGCGUGGCCCGAAUCGUUACUACGACCUUACCAACCAGCGGGACGCGGGGGCGACGGGGGCGAAAAAGGUUUGCUGGAACUGUGGCAUGGAGGGACAUGAAAAACCCGAGUGCCGUAAUGCAUUGUGCAGAACCUGCCACAGCCUACGGGGCUACCACCACACUUGUCAAGAGCCACGUCCUUCACCUUUCCUGAGCGUGUCUCCCGCUCUUCUUUUGUCGGAAGAUAUGUCUUCUGUAGCUUGUGUAUCGUGUUCUUCACUGGGCCACUUUGAUUGCUCCCCGUCCCGCGAAAAUAGGGUGCCCUUCUGUUGUUUCUGCGGGGAGAGAGGACACAACGCCUAUGACUGCCGUCGGCGGAAGGAACAGGUGCCGGACCGUUGGGUAACUCGAUCCAAGGGGGCGGAGUACGGCAUGAGGCCGGGCGGGGAUCGAGGGAAUACUGCCCUGGCGUCGCCAGUUUUCACUACCUUUGACGCCGCGAAUGCCCCACCUGGACAUACUCAGGGCUCUGCGUGGAGAGAGCGAGGGACGCCUGCGCGUGGUGAUGUCCGGAACGCCAACCUGAGACCAAUUGGAGCUUACGCUAGAGAAGGCAACACCGGUGGGUACUAUGCGGGGAAUGCUCGUCCCUACAGCGAUAGAAGAUCCUACGCUGGGUACAACGAGAGCAAAUACAACGCCGCUCGCACGGAGCAUGUGGAGUACCACUCACAGUACGGGAAGAAGCGCUCUCGCAGCGACGCCGAGGACUCUCGUCGAAAUCGCCACCAUCAUCAUCAUGGUGACGGGACACCCAACCCCUACCAUGACGCUGGCUGGGGACAAGAAGGCAGCCAGCGGGUGGGCAGGGGCUACGCUGACGACAGAGGUGGAGGCGAGAGACGGCAGGCGCAGCCGUAUUACCGUAACAGCGAUCGCAAUCAGCAGCGACGAGGUCGUAGAAAUCGCGGCGGCGGCGGCAGUGAUGAUGACUACGACAAUUUGUUACUAAAAAAAAAGGAAGAGGGCCCAGACCGGUGCCCCCGGUAA